CAGCACUCCUUUAAUAAUUAGUACGCCUAGGAAUACACUUCUCCAUCAGUGUUUUCGGUGUCUUCCACAUACUGACACGCGCCGAACGAAUUGCUCUUGCAUCCAGAAAGAAAAUCACAACAAAAAAUUCCGAUGCUAUUGAAAGCUACCGAGAAACAAACAUUAGUCACCUCGACUGGUAUAAACAAUUUUUGUCGGCGUGCAUCGGGACCAGACUAGCCGAAUAACCAUUCCAAUAUUAACGUUACAAGUAAGAUGUAAACUGAUUAAUGUUCCAGACAACAUGAAGAACCAAAUUAGCUUGGUAGAUUUCGUCAUCCUGCAGUUUUUGUGGUUUUGGCAGUCCGCCUACGAGAGUUUCAUCUCGAUAUUCAACUGGUCUUUUUCGACUGAAAACACGCCGAGAACUCCCGUCCAAAAAACCUCCAGUGAGAAAAGACAUUUCAUUCGAUUCUUCACCAAAGAACCGACUAAAUGUGGCGAAGAACCAGUGUGUUACAUCCACGUCACCGAAAUCAACAAUCCACACAACAAAGUAAUGAGAAGCCCUUUGCUUAGGCCCUCGCCUCCUGGAAACUAUGACGAUCUCACGCGAUUCUAUUGUGGUAAUUUAAGGUACUGAUUUAAGGGAAAUCCUUAAUCUCGUUUUGUAAUUAAAAGGCUGUAAGUUACCCCAUUUUAUGCCAGAAAGAAGAAAUUAAAACGUAUUAAUAUUUCUAAUAAAUAUGAUCUAACAAACAUUUCUUCGUAUCUCUAAACAAAUAAGUGUAGAUUUAAAACAAAUAAUGACUGACGUUGAUAUUAAAAAUUCUCGGUAUGAUAUUAGAUAAGUUUUGAUAAUUUAUUUUACAAGUAUUUUGUCACAAUGUAUUCAGCUGUAAAUAAACAAAUUUGGAAUAUU